AUGGAUUCCUUCACCACCACUGCCAUCACCUCCUUCACCAACCAACCCUCCGUCGAGGUUCCCUCCGACCUCGAGACUGGCGGUGGUUCCGGAAACGGCGCUUACUGCGUCAUUGCCUAA